AUGCUGGGCCCCAAAGUCAAGUUGCCCUCAAUUGCAGAGCUCACGCAAACAACGCUGCCCCGGCCGCAAGCGAAAACGUCACCUUUGCAAACUCUGGUUCCCGGACUAGAGCAACCCACGCCUGAGAGCCGAAAAGACAGCAACAUUGUGCCUCCUUCUACCCCGGGGGGGCUUCCGCUGUUCCAGUACUACUCGUACAACGGAGCUGGCCACCCGGCUCCUUUCUAUCUGCAUUCCUACUACCAGCCAGUUUAUUAUCUGCCUCCGAUGGUGAACCGCAGCUUCAGUGCUCCAGAGAAUAAGCCGGUCUAUUCUGUGCCUGAGGUGAUUAAUAAAUCCAUCAACAAAUGCCAUCGUUGUGGUACCACAGAAACUCCCGAGUGGCGUUCGGGCCCCAAUGGUCUUCGUACGCUAUGCAAUGCCUGUGGGCUUUUCCAUGCAAAGUUGGUGAAACGCAAAGGAGCAGCCAUUGCGGCCGAGGAGGUGCUCAACAAUAAGGUUUGCAAAGGCAAAAACGGCCGCAGGGUGUCGGUGAAGAAACAGGCGAUGGAGGAGUCCAAGAAGCGCAUGCGUGAAGCACAAGUGACGGAGCUUGCACCUAUUCCAUAUGUUGGCGCUGCUUCAGACCCGGUUUCUGGCCAUGCUCCUGUCGCUUCAGCGCCACCUGCGCCGGAUUACGUUUACCACACCCGGCCGGAGGUGUCGGGUCUACCCAUUUUCAGCCGGUAUCCAAGGGUUUCACUUCCACCUCCAGUAAUUAAUGCUCCUUUCCAACCUUUGGCUGGGCUCAGAAAUUAG